CGGUGGUUGUAAUACUUCUCCCAAAACACGAUAACAAAAUAAUAGCUAUACAAAUGCGAACAUUAUUUUAUUCUAUACAAUUAAACAAUAGCAAUAACAUACACUAUACUCUAGGUAACAACAUGCGAAGUAUGGAGAGAUCAUCAGACAGUUAUAUUGUUUGGUUGUCCAUGGUGAAAACAUCAUUCUGUGCAACAAUAUUUUUAUUUAGGAGCUACUAAACUACGAUGUAACUUAACCCGCUAUGGUGCAACCGAAAAAGAAUGCAAUGCUAGUUUAAAACUAGCAAGUUUCGACGUGAGGUUUAAGACACACGUUAUACUUAUGAUUUAACUAACUCAACUAGUGCCACUGACUGCAGUUUAGAUGGGCGCCUUGUUCUGACCAAACCGGAAGAAGGCGUCAGUUGCCUUGAGCGUCUUUGGCGUACAGGCUGUUUGGCUGAGUGGGUUUGUUUGGGUUUAAAGACCAGUGGUCGGGAGGAAAGGAACGGAAAAGAGGCUGACAUUACGCAGAGCUUCAUGACAACAACACAUCAUGGGUACAUGAGGACAACUAUUGUUCCUCCAUAGUGUCAGGAGAUCGAUGAUGUGAACUCUGAACGGACGCUGGUGGACUCUGAGCUCAGUCAUGGAGGCCCGGUUUGGCCCCGUGGUGUUCAGCUCUCGGUUUGAUUCUGGGAACCUGGCCAGGGUGGAGAGAGUAGACCCGGUCGGAUCAGAUGGGGAGCCCGCUGGCACCGGCAACAAUGGCUCUGUCUCCUCCCCAGACUACGAGUUCAACAUCUGGACCAAACCUGAUUGUGCAGACACAGAGUUUGAGAAUGGCAACCGGUCCUGGUUCUACUUCAGUGUGCGGGGCGCCGCCCCAGGAAAGCUCCUGAAGAUUAACGUCAUGAACAUGAACAAGCAGAGCAAGCUCUACUCUCAGGGCAUGGCCCCGUUUGUGCGCACGCUGCCCAUUAAGACGCGUUGGGAAAGGGUCCGAGAACGGCCCACAUUUGAGCUGUUAGAGAAUCAGUUCACCCUGUCGUUCGUCCACCGGAUGCCGGAGGUGCGUGGCGUCACCACCUACUUUGCCUUCUGCUACCCUUUCUCUUACUCUGAGUGCCAGGACAUGAUGCAGCAGAUGGACCAGAGGCUGCUCAGCACCACACACUCUCUGGGGCCAUGCAGUCCUGUUGACUCUGUGUAUUACCACCGUGAGCUGCUGUGCCACUCUCUGGACGGGCACCGUGUGGACUUGCUGACUGUGUCCUCCUGCCACGGCAUACAGGAAGAGAGAGAGCCCAGGCUGGACAAACUUUUCCCUGACCACAGCACUCUCAGAGCACACCGCUUCAUAGGGAAACGGGUGUUUUUCCUGAGUAGUCGAGUGCAUCCAGGAGAGACGCCGGCCAGUUUUGUCUUCAACGGCUUCCUGAAGUUUAUCCUCAAUCGUGAUGACCCACGGGCCCAAAUACUGCGCAGGAUGUUUGUGUUCAAACUCAUUCCCAUGCUCAACCCUGAUGGGGUCGUCAGGGGUCACUACAGGACUGAUUCACGUGGGGUCAACCUGAACCGGCAGUACAUGAGCCCCAGUCCCGAGCUGCACCCCUCCAUAUACGGAGCCAAAGCCCUACUACUCUACCACCACCAGCACAACCGCCUGGGCCCCCACCCUCACUGCUGGAAGUCCUCCACCGCCCAGAGCCCCCUCAGUGCCAAGAUCUCCAACCUGGCCAACACCCACCCCAGCCCCAUCCCUGGCCCAAACCAGCCCAGUGAGCUAGAGCGGCUCAACCGGAGGAAUGAGGCCGAGCGCAGCGGCGACGGCCUGGCCAUCACCGCGCCCAGCCUGCCCAUGCAGCUGGAGGAGGGCGAGGCGGGCAAUUGGGAGAAGGACGCCGUGGAGCGGGAGGAGGGGCCCUGUGAUGAGAACGAGGUAGCAGCCAAUCCUGGAGCUCCGGCUCCACAGGUCUCAGCCCCCAUGGAGCAGAUCCCACCUGAAGAGAGCGGCGUGGCCUAUUACGUGGACCUGCAUGGCCAUGCCUCCAAGCGUGGGUGUUUCAUGUAUGGAAACAGCCUGACUGAUGAAAAUGAUCAGGUGGAGAAUCUGCUCUAUCCAAAGCUGAUAGCCGUUAAUUCUGCCCACUUUGACUUCGUGGGCUGUAACUUUUCUGAGAAGAACAUGUAUGCACGGGACAAGCGCGACGGCCAGUCUAAAGAGGGCAGUGGGAGAGUGGCCGUUCACAAAGCUAUCGGACUUAUCCAUAGUUACACUCUGGAGUGUAACUACAACACUGGCCGUACGGUCAACACCAUUCCCCCUGCGUGUCAUGACAAUGGUCGUGCCACACCGCCACCCCCUCCCACCUUUCCACCCAAAUACACACCGGAUAUAUAUGAGCAGGUUGGGCGUGCCGUCGCAGUGGCAGCUCUGGACAUGGCGGAGUGUAACCCUUGGCCUCGGCUCGUUCUGUCGGAACACAGCUGCCUGCCAAACCUGCGUGCCUCUUUGCUCAAGAACGUGCGCAACAGCAAAGGAGUCUACACCAGUGUCAAGAGGAAUGGCUCCAAAACUGGUAGCCCCCCGAAGAACACUGGCCUGAGCAGCUCUGCCUCAGAGAACUCCCUGAGCCGGAUGCGCAGCAACAGCAACAGCAACAGCGCCAGCAUCAGCGUGCCUCACGGCGGCCAGCAGGUGUCCCCACUGCUCAAGAGCUCCCCCAGCUUCACCUUCGGCUGUGGCCCCUCAGGCCAUGCCCCUGCCUCCUCCUCCUCGUCCUCCACCCCACACAGGCCCAUCCACAGAGCCCUGGGACCAGUCAGAGAGUCUAAAGCUCAGGAGAAGAGGCGAUCCCACCACCACCGUCCCAUGUUACGGUCUCCUAACACCAGCCAGCCUGCCCUCUCCCGCCCCUCCCUCUCUAAUUCCUCCUCGUCGUCCUCCUCGCCCUCCUCCUCCUGCUCCUCCACCUCUGGCCCCAACCCAAGCCCCUGCGCCAUCAGCAUGGCAGGUCUGUACUCCCUCCAGCCGCCCAGCCUGGCUCAGCUGUUGCCCUCCCUGCAGGCCAUGCCCCGUACUGGGCUCCUCACCAAAUUGAGUCCCCUGCUCCACCAGGGCCUACCCCCGCUUGCUUUCCUCAGUGAUGCCAGCACCCCGGCAGGCCAGGGCCAGGCCACGCGACCUACCCAGGAUUGAGAGCUAUGACAACACACACUGUGUGUGUGUGUGUGUGUGUGUGUGUGUGUGUGUGUGUGUGUGUGUGUGUGUGUGUGUGUGUGAGAGAGAAUGUUUGUAUGUGUGGAGUGCAUAAGUGUGGUGCUAAACCCAUAACAAAUGUCUCCAAUUUCAGAUUUUUUUUAAUUAUUAUUAUUUGAGGUGACAUGAAAUGCACCUGUCUAAGCAACACAUUUAAUUAACAGCCUGGUCUGUAGCACCUUAACACUUUUCCACGUUGUUUUUUAUGAUGACUGUCCCUGUAGCAGCUAUUUAAUACGAUUAUUAACUUGCAAUGUUCUAAAGAAGGCCAAUAAGUGUGUCUUUUUGUAAUCAAAGCAGGAAAGCAAGUAAUUAGUGACCUCAGAGAGUGGUGAGGCAUUUCUAUUCCUGAUGCAGUCUCCUAAAUAUUGCAGAUUAAAUUACGCUUGACACUACAAGUACUCUUUAUUUGAAAGCAUUACAGCAUAAGCAUCAUGGUACGCACUAUUACUCACUAUAUUAACCUCUUGUAGCACAAUAGGAUUAUCAUGCUGUAGUAACAUCAAAGCCAAAAGGAGGCUUUUGGAGGACAAGCAAAAACAGUUCCAUGACCUGUGACCAGUCUCUCUUUUUUUUGUAUUCAGUCACUGAAAGAUGAUUGCCAACCUUUAAUAAUUCCAGUGUUAUUUUGUGUGUGAGUUUCUUUAUAACAUGCCAAUUGACUUUAUUUUGCUGUGUUGCACUCAAACUGUAAAUGUCAAAAUGUAUUUUAUUUAGGCAGAAUGCAGUGGUAACCAUGGGAACAUAGCUGAAAUGGCAUUUAUGUGUGCGUGCGUGCGUGCGUGCGUGCGUGCGUGCGUGCGUGUGUGAAUGUGUGGUUUGUGUAGUGCGGAUGGACAUUCACAGCUUUUGUAUGUUCUGUUACUGGCGCUCUUUAAGAUCACUCAGUCGAGAUUGAUAUGAUUUCUGUACAGAACAACACAGAUGCUUGAUCACGUGCAGCAGACACACAAAUAGUUCACCUUUUUUACGACCUGAUCACAUUUCAAUGCUUUUGUCUCCUAAAGGCAUUCAAAUGAACACUAAUCAGAAAAGCAGUUGUCUAAAUGACAGGAUAUGGUAAAUGUUGUGUAUGUAUCUGUGGGCCAACUGUAAACCGUGUCUUCAUAUGUUAACCGUGUGCCAACUCUGCCAGUAUCUUUUGCAGUCACAGCUAUUGGCUUCUAGAAUAGGACCACAAUGGUUGAACAGUCGCCCUCAGACAGUUUGUUUUUUUAGAACCAAGGGAGCCUGAGACCAUUGUGACACUGCAGGUGUACACCUUCUGUAAACCUCUACCCUCCCUCCUCUCACAAACCAUUUCCAGUGCAAACAUUUGACAUUAGAUACUCCAACAUGUCUCCAUCAAUAAUUCUGUGGGCGCGCACUUAGAACCCCAUAGAGGUGCUUUUUGUAACAUGUAUGGAUGACAGUGGUUCACCCUGUUAGAACACACAUAGCUCAGACGGACAGUCAGUAGCUGGUGUUACUGGUUUUGUGGUGGCUGAUGGAAGUCAUAGCUGAUGUCUUGAGUAAUAAUCAUCUUACCUUGUGAAUAUGAGGUCGGAAGGGCAAGAUAUUGAGUAAGAAAGGCAACUUUUGUUUGAAGUUGAUUCUUUUUUUUUUAUGCAGUUUGGCCUCUGGCUCAGUUUUGUGUAGGUGGCCUGUGAUUUGUGCUAAAUCAGGUGUACUGAAACAUGUUUGUAGUGUUGUGGUUCUGGUCCUCCCAAUGAUGGUCCCACACAACAUUGUUUUUGGGGAGAGAUAGUAUAUAUCCGUGCUCCAUAGCUAUGAUGAAGGAUGGAUGUCCAUGCUGUGCCUAUUUGCUGUUUGUCAUUGUGUCAUCUUUUCCAUUUGUAUUUUAUAAAACACAUUCUAGGUUAUUUGAUGCCUUUAAAAAACACGUUCUUGAAAAGUUCUCAGUGGUGUAGGGAUUCAAGCUUUCAGGAAGACGAAGAAAUGCAUUUAGUUUCAAGUGUAACUUGCACACCUUCUCAUUCGCCUCGACUUAUCACAACUGUGCUUUUAAAUGUUGUUCAUAUCUUUAUUACAACACACAUGCAUAUGGAUUUAUCUCAUAGAUACUUUGAUAUGUAGAGUGGGGUAACAUUUCAGAUGUCUGACCUUUUCUUUAAUAAAUAUCCCCCCUGUGGUUGAACUGAA